UUCUGAAAUUCUUUUCCGCGCUGAACUCAGCAGUCGAAAUGUGGAGGUCAUAUUGUGCGCUUCAAAAAGUAACUAUUCGAUUGUUUUUACAAGGUAGUUUAACUUGAAAUGAGGAACUAUAUACAGGUAUCAAAUAAAAACGCCAACAUUUUGCUUGGUGGCCAGCUUUGCUAUUAGUAUUUCACUUGCGUGUAACGUUAAGUCAAGGUGCAUGCGUGGCCUGCCAUGUGUGCAUGAACUUGCUAACACGAACUACUAUAGCUUGGUUACAUCUUUCACACAACAGCCGACUUUAAUUCUACUUUACAUCAGAAUCAACACAUUUUUACUAUUUAAGUAAAUUGUCAGGAAUUUAAUCCGUGUCUGAUGUGAUGAAGAACAUGUUGGUAGGGACAUCUGAGACGCCUGAGGAAACGCCAACUUUACUGACAAGACAUGGAUUGGAUUUGAACUUUUCAUUCCACUAAGACUUUGUCUGUGAUAUCUAACCGUUCCUCUGUAAACUUUCAGAUUAUGAAGUACAACACACGUGAUCCUGGAUGACUAAUGUAUCUAAUGGUUUACAAUCAGAUUAACUUCUUGCUGAUCCUGUGAGAAACCAGGAGAUUGCUCAAUCCUGGUUUGCCUCCAGCUGGAGUGCCAUGGUCUGAACUUCCAGCCACAAUGAUCACCAUUGAUGGUGGUAUGCCUCAAGCUGGGGUCCCUUGGGUGGAACCUUUGUGACUCCUCAUGUAACAGUUGCUGGUAUGGCGAGAUAGGAAUGUGACUGAUCCUGGUUCUCGUUGUCAAAAUUUACGCAAGAUGGACCACAAGUAAAAGUUCAAGGGGGUGUUGGAAGACGAGAUGAAUGUGCAAUAAAUUCCCCCAACACGUGAGAAUCAACUGAGCGGUGUUUGGUCAGGAGGGUGUGCAGGAACUGCCAUUACCACUGACCUACAGUUGUCCUGAAGAAAGCAGUGCAUCACUGGCUUGAAUUUAUAAUUUAGCAAUUUGAUUGGAGAGAUGUCAAAAUAAACCUCAUUAAACUGUACAUGUGUUCUACUUUAGCUUGGUAAAUAAAACCAGUAAGUGUAACCUCAUUGUCCAGAACCAAUAAAAGGGAUUUGUACAUAAUCAAUCUAUGCCGUUUUUCAUAUUUGCUACAUUAACUAUUAGCUGAGGAUAUGACUUGAAGAUUGUUCCUAUAUAUCAACGGUGGGUGCAGUAUGAUGCUUCAGGCAAGCGAUAAUACCAUUUUCAGUCCUUUGACAAAUUUGUGUUGCUAAUUUCUUGAAUACAGUAUGGUACAUUAGCUGUACCACAGCAUCCAAGGGCUCAGCUUCCCUGUCAACCAAUGACAAUCGGACAUUUGUUCAGAGUAGACCGAUUGGCCAGACGGACAGGGAGUGGGGAAACUGCAUUUAGCAGGGUGGUCAACUAUCAUUUUAAAUUUAACAAGCCACGUCAUGCGAGGGUCGAUGCUAUUCAGUGCACUGAUUGCACUAGCCAGUGCCGAACCAUCGCUGUAUUUUAAAGAGCAGUUUGAAGAUGGGGAUGCUUGGACUACCCGGUGGGUUGAAUCCAGCCAUAGGUCUGACUACGGGAAAUUUGUCCUGACACCUGGGAAAUUCUAUGGAGAUCCAGAGAAAGACAAAGGUCUCCAGACCAGCCAGGAUGCCCGCUUCUACUCUUCUUCUGCUCGAUUUGAGCCCUUCAGCAACCAGGGCAAGACCCUGGUGAUCCAGUUCACUGUGAAGCACGAGCAGAACAUCGACUGUGGGGGAGGCUACAUCAAACUAUUCCCCGCUGACCUCGACCAGGCAGACAUGCAUGGAGACUCCAAAUACAACAUCAUGUUCGGUCCAGACAUCUGUGGCCCAGGUACCAAGAAAGUUCAUGUCAUUAUCAACUACAAGGGCAAGAAUCACCUCAUCAGCAAGGACGUCAGGUGCAAGGAUGAUGAGUACACUCAUCUGUACACUCUGAUCCUGAACCCUGACAACACGUACGAGGUGAAGAUUGACAACAAGAAAGUGGAGUCUGGAAGUCUGGAGGAGGACUGGGAUAUUUUGCCCCCUAAGAAGGUCAAGGACCCAGAGGCUGUGAAGCCAGACGACUGGGACGAGAGGGAGAGGGUGGAGGACCCCGACGAUAAGAAACCAGAGGACUGGGAUAGGCCAGAGAACAUUGCUGACCCUGACGCUAAGAAGCCUGAGGAUUGGGACAAUGAGAUGGACGGUGAAUGGGAGCCACCCAUGGUCUCCAACCCUGACUAUAAGGGUGAAUGGAAACCCCGGAAGAUCGAUAACCCUGACUACAAGGGCAAAUGGGUGCAUCCUGAGAUUGACAAUCCAGAAUACAGCGCAGACUCUGAAAUAUACAGAUUCGACAGCAUCGGCGUCAUUGGUCUGGACCUGUGGCAGGUGAAAUCUGGGACCAUCUUCGAUAACUUCCUGAUCACAGACGACGCUACGCUGGCAGAAGAGGUUGGCAAUGAGACCUGGGGUCAGACUAAGGAUCCAGAGAAAAAGAUGAAGGUGUCCCAGGAGGAACAGGAGAGGAAGAAACUAGAGGCGGAAGAGAUGGGGAGGAAAGAGCAGACAAAAGACGAGCCUGAAGAAGAGGAGGAGGAGGAAGAAGAAAAGGAGGAAGAGUUAGAGGACCGUGAAGAGGAAGAAGAAGGGACUGGAGCAGAGGAAGAAGAGGAGGAAACAGACUCUAUAAAGGAUGAACUUUAGAGGACUCUGACUUUCUCAUUGGGGUGAAUCUUCCUUUGAGCCUGAGAGGGAUUAUGCGUCAUUUCGCUUUACCAUCCAGUCAGUCAGGCCUCAAAGUAAUGUUGAGAGAAGGGGCGGUGAAGAAGUCAUUUAGGUUUUACUGCAAAAUCUUUGACAUUUUUUAUUUUAUGUUUUUUAUUUAUUAGAUAUUGAUUUUGACUCACUGGUUUAUCGCCUUAUUAACUAAGGCGGUAAACCAGUGAGUCAAAACGAACCUAUUUCUUGUAAGUAUGCUAUUAAUUGUCUGUUGCUCCACCAAAUAUCACAGAUGAUAAUUGAAUGAAGCUUGUGUGUUUUGUUUUCUUAAUUCACAUUGAGUGAAUAUGUACACCAUAUGAAUUCUACGCAACCUUGACAUGCAUAGCGAUAGUUUCCCAUUCAUUCAAUGUCCAUUUGCUAACUAAAUGCAGUCACAUACUGACAUAAUAUUAGGUAGAAGUAGCAUCUAUAACCUCACCAAGGCCAAAUUCAUUCACCAACCUCUAAUUCCAUUGACAUUCAGCCAUGAACUACUGUAGCCAAGUCAAACGUUUACUCCAUUGUGAGUUUUCACUGUUGUAUUUUGUCUCGCACAGUAACCUCAUACUUUUUAAUGUAGCCUAUUGCAUUUGUUCCCCCUUAUUGUUUUUGUAGAUAUUUGUAACCUUAUUUGGGAAAUUAUGACGAUUACAGAUAUUGUUGUGCAAAAAUACUGUAUAGUAGUAAAAAAAGAGGGUUGUUUGGAUUUUA